AUGACCGUCCCCAAGUCAAAGGAAGCACACGUCCUUAUUAUCGGCGCAGGUAUCACAGGCCUUAUCCUCGCACAGUCUCUCAAGAAGGCCGGCAUCCGCUACUCCAUCUUCGAAAAGGAGGUGUCUAUGAACUACCGCAGCAAUGAAUGGACUAUGGCUAUCCACUGGUCCCUCGACCGUCUGCGCGACAUCCUCCCCGCCGACCGUUUCGCACACAUGGAGUCCGUCUCGUGCAACCCUGAUGUUGCCCUGGACGCUGGCGGAAACUAUCCCAUCAUUCAUGGGGAAACAGGCCACCUGAUUGCCGGUGUACCGUAUGCCAAAGGACUGCGGGUUCCGCGCAGUAAGAUGCGGGAUCUGUGUAGCAAGGGGAUUGAAGUCCAGUACGGAAAGAACCUGAUCGAUGUGGCGUUCACUGAAAGCCAAAAAGGAGUAGUUGCAUUCUUUGAUGAUGGUUCCAUGGUCUCUGGAACUAUCCUUAUCGGUGCGGAUGGGCCUCGUUCGAAGGUCCGUGAGUUCGCAAUGGGCUCGGCUGAGAAGGCGGCUGUUAGCCGCUUUCCCAUCUUUCAUACUAAUAUGACCGUUACCUACAACGAUGCUGAGAAAGCUAGGUAUGUAAGGCAGCGAUUUCCGACGAGUUAUCUGGCUUUGAGUGACAAGUCGUAUCAUGCGUUCCAAUCCAUCUCGAGCAUGCCUGAUGGCCCCGAUCAUCCCGAAUCAUGGGUCUUUCACUUGGCUAUGGCCUGGUUCAUGGAACACGGUCAACCUGCUACUUACCGCGAGAGAUUAGACAUGAUUCGCGAGAAAGCCCAAAGUCUGGCUGAGCCGGCUCGGUCCUCGUUCACUUGGAUUCCAGAUGAUACGCAGGUCCAUAAAGCUGAUAUCAGCUACUGGGUUACCCAGCCUUGGGAUAAUCGGCAGGGCAGAUUGACAUUGAUCGGGGACGCAGCGCAUCCGAUGCCGCCGUACAGAGGGCAGGGACUCAAUCACUGCAUAUGUGAUACGUCUCACCUUUUGGCUGGCAUUCAGAAGGUUGUAGCCGGUACGGCUACUCUGAAAGAGGCUAUUACUGCGUACGAAGCGGAGAUGAUUCCCCGCGGUCGCGAAGAGGUCAAGUGCUCGGUCGAGAACGGGUACAUGCUGCAUGAUUGGGAUCAAGUCCGUGAGAGUCCUGUUUUCCGACAAGGGUUCCGGCCUAUGAGUGGACACGAUAGAGGUCCUACAUUUGAAAAGAAUGUUGCUUACGUUGUGUCUAAAAUGCUGCUUGUCAGUGCGGCAUUGCGUCUACUACAACACAAUGGUGCAGCCUUGAUAUAUGCAUCUCAUAUGAUUGCAGAGGCCGAAGCCCAUUCGUCCAGAGCCCGUGAGCAUUGCUAUCCAACCAACUUGGGUACUUCGAAAAGCAGUACGUACAAGCCAUGGUAUGAUGUCUAUGGUGGAAGCAUUCAACAACAGAAAAGACAGGGAUAUAUCAGCAAAGCCAUGUGCGCCAUUUCCGGGAAUGAAAACUUGGGUGUGCGAGCGCGUGUCUUGAUGUCUGAACCAGCACGUAAGGCUGACAGUCUUUCCAUAAUCUGUACGACAUCCGAUCAUCUGACAGGGAUUCCGACCUCAUGCCUAUCGCAAUUUAUCGAUACGGUGCUUAGGAUGGCCUCUGAACGCCUCUACGCUUUGACAAUCUAUGGCUAUCGCAAGCCAGGUAUGCCUGAAGAUGAAUACCAUCGCUACCUGAGUGAGCACCAUGCCGUUCUGGUGAGGAAUCAUCUCGUGAAGAUGGGUAUUGUCAGAUACACUCUGACGCACAACACAUCCGAGACAAAGGAGAUGAUGAAGCGUAUCUUUGGAGACCUUCCAGAGGGACAUACCUCUGAUUGUGACUGCUUGGCCCAGAUUAUGUUUCGUGAUGUGGAGGAUUAUGUCCGCGCUCGGAAUGACCCCCACUAUAAGGAGGUUAUCUUUCCCGAUCAUGCCAACUUUGCCGACUCAAGUAGAACACUAUUUGUGACUGGUUGGGUGGAGUGCCAUAUUGUGGAUGGAGGGAUAGUCUAA